UAACUUGAGUUUAAAAGCCGUCUUCCUAUUCCUGAGAAUGGAUGAUGAUAUUGGAAGCCUGCAACCCUGGCAGAUCUACUCUAGCCUCUACCUUGUGUUCUGGUGUGUUGCCGCGUACUUUGAUCAUUUCCUUCUCACAUUCGUCUUCUGCAUCGCCUUCGGGGUCAUCUCGGAGAUAGCCACCAAGUAUAUGAACGGGGAACAAUUUUCCAACAAAAAGAAUGACGAACACACUUCGCUGGUGAGCUUGGCCAAAAACGAGGCCACCCUGGUCCCCGGCCUCACUCAGAUGGCCAAAGCCGAGGCCAGUAGGACUCAAGAAACGGAGGACAACAUUCGAGACAG